CUCAGGCUGAUCUCGAUGUCAGCGCUUCCGAAGAUAGUGAUUAAGCCCAGGUCCUCCGCCGCUGUCCAGGGCACGAUCUUGGCUCGUGAAGAAGAGGAAGAAGAGGAAGAAAAACUUGACAGCGUCGCGAAUGAAGGAGACACAGAUGCGGAGGCCGACGAUGGGACCGAGGACGCGCCCACGCCCAUGGAAAUCGACGAUCCAAUUCCCACCGCUACUCCCGAAGAAGCGCCCGCAGUGGUGCCACCCGUGAAACGAGGACGGGGACGACCGCGCGGCUCCGGCAAGAAGGCAUUACUCGGACACGCGCCAGGAGGCUCUGCGGUGCCCGGGACGAGUACGCCACGUGGGCGGGGACGGGGAAGGGGACGGCCGCCUUUGCGGGCCCGGGGCAUGGCGCGUGCAGCUGGCGGUGCUGGCUUUACUAUCCGACUGCCCAAGCGCGACGAUGAGUCUGACGAGGACGGCUCGGAGCAUGGUGCAGAUGUUGAUAUGGGUGCGGUAGGAGAAGAGGGCCCGAUUGGAGGUGGAAGGCCUUUCCGUACAAUACAGGGCAAGGCGUACAUCAUUGAAGGCGACGAGUUUAUCACAGAGAAUGACCCCAAGGGCGACGAAAAGAUUGACCAAUGGGGGAAUCUACUCGGAGACCGUAAAUUCAAGGCUGCUACUUUCGUACUGCCAGGGAGGCAUCCAGAACGACGCUACAUGCUCGCCAUCGACGCAGCUCGAACAUCUGGCUUUCGUGACUCCCUGUAUUACUUUCGACGCAAUCCUCUCGCACUGAAACAGAAUGCUACUCAGCCUGAAAAGGACUACCUCAUCUCGCAAAGGAAACUUGGCACUCACCUUCGAACGCGCAGUGUCACUCUCGUCACUGCACGGAGUGCGUUCAAGUUGCACGGUAGCAAGACUAUCAUUGACGGCCGGUGGGUGGUGGACGACUAUUACGAAGAUCGCGUGUUGGAAGAAAUCACUGCUCGCGGCUUACAAGCAGGGGAUCCGGUCGGUGAACUUCCUGAUCCCAAUGCGAAUGCAGCCAAUGCUGCCGACGCCGGACUGGGUGCCAACACUGCUGCAAACAAAACGGACCGCGGAGGAGGGACUUCAGUCGGUGUGUAUCGAGCAGGUGGUCCAACGACAUUGUUUGGAUCGAGUGGCUGGGGGCCCUACAGCGAUGGUCCGCUCAACGCUGUGAGGAAAAGUCUUUUGUCUAGAGAUGGUGUGUCGGAAGAGAACUGGAUGCUGAUGGCCGCGACGAGGACUUUGGCUGCUGAUGCGGAAUGGGCCAAAUGGCGAAAAGAGGGAAUCCAACCCAUCGAUGGAUCGGGGAACGCAGUCAAGCGCAAGACCGACGAUGCCCCCGAAGCCGACUCGUCCGAACAACUUCCACUUGGAACCUAUGAACCCCAUACCAGCAUCGUCCAUUAUCGUAAUGACACCCAACCGACAAGAAGUCGGAUGGAAGCUAUGCCCGAUUCCGCAGAGAAGGCUGUGCUAGGUGGAACAAAGUCCGGGAACGGCGCAUGGGCCAUUGCUUGGAUUGACACCGUCAUGGACGUCAGGAUCCAGGAGGAACUUGAGCGAUCAGAGGCUGACGAGAAAAUGAACAUUUGGAAAGAUACCGAAGAAGGGAUUCUUGACGAUGACCUUCUAUAGCGAUAUCUUGAACUUGUAUUUUGUAAAUGUCUGACCUGCAGAUAUCUGUAUUGUGUUCACCGAUUCGAUCCACAUCUUGUCUCAGUCACUCUCAUCGUAUCUUAUCGACUGUCA